AUGGAAAAUAAUCGCGGGCAACAGUCAAGGGAUCUACAAAGGGAAAGACGAACUCAAAAUGCAAGAAAUCGGAGGCAAAAUAUGAGCACCGAGCAAAGACAACAAGAAUUAUCUAGAAGGCGAACAAAUUAUAGACAAUCAAAAGAAAGGGUAAAACAAGCUCAGACAACAAGUGCCACAAACAGAGAUCACAUGAUGCCAUUUAAUGAUUUGACAAAUUUAAAUUUCACAUCCUCACGUGUUCAACGUACAAAUGACAAUGAGGCUGGAACAAGUAUUCGUCGACGAAUCAAUCACACCACAUCUGCAUAUUUUCAAGGAACUCAUGAUAAUGAGGCUGGACCAAGUAGUCGUCGACGAUUCAAUCACACCGCAUCUGGAAAUUUUCAAGAAACUCAUGACAAUGAAGCGGGAUUAAGUAGAAGAAAUAGUGAUGACACUACAAAUGAGACUCCAACAUCAAAUGUCGUCUCCGACACCACACCUAAUGACGCAACAUCGUAUUACAAUCAAGGUACAACUAAAUGUAUUAGUUUUUUUAUUCUUCUGAUUCCUAACUCCUUUCCUUUACUGUGGAUUACAGCCUUAUUGGGAGAGAUCAAAGAAAUUAGCGAGCAGAAACGAAAAGAAGAUGAUGUUCUUCUUGCAAUUGCUGCUGGAAAUAGACGGCCUAUUCUUCCUAACUUGGAAUUUGAGUAUCCUGAUCCAGAGAUUCAGGAAGAUCUGUAUCAACUCAUAAAAUAUUCAUGUGGAGAAGUUUGUUCAACCGAACAAUUGGAUAAAGUCAUGAAGAUUUGGACAACAAAUUUAGAACCCAUGCUCGGUGUUCCUUCUCGACUGCGCGUUCCCAAAGACACAGAAGAUGCUGUCGAGGCCAAGAAAGAUUCUGCAAAAACUGGUACUGCAAGUAUUGCCAAGGGUGAUAGUAGUCCUGGUGUUGGUGCUACCGUAAUGAGUCCUAAGAAUACAUUUGAACAAUCAAAUUCUUGCAAAGAAUGGCAAACAAAUGGGGUUGGCGGGGUUAAAGAGGAUGAUUGUCUCAAAUCAGACCGUUCUGUGCCUAAGACUGAAACUUUGGGAAGUAGUACCCUGCAGGGUAAUGUUCAUAUCAAUGCAUCCAUUCCUGACGAAGUAUCAAGAGUCAAUAAGCAAGAUCAUUCCAUUGAACAGUUGGUGAAUGCUAAUGUCUCAAUGUCCUCUAGAGUGGAGCCAAGUAACGGAAGAAUAAACAUAAAUAAUGCAUCAGGACUUGCUGCAACUCCGUCCAGACCUGGUUAUGUUUAUAGAGAGGGAGGGCUUGAUUUACCUUCAUCAGAGGGUGCUGAUUCUACAAGACCAGAUACGUCCACAAAUGGGGCCAUCAUCGAAGACACCAAAGCUCACAGAUGUCACAAAGAAUCAGUUGGACACUUCAAAAGUGAAAGAGAAGAGGGUGAAUUGUCUCCUAAUGGAGACUUUGAAGAGGAUAACUUUGCAGUUUAUGCAAAUUCUGGUCUGGAGGCAGUGCAUAAAGGAAAAGAUUGUAAUACCAGUCAACACUGCCAAAAUAGACGCGAGGAACAAAUUUGUAGGGUAGCUGGAGGUGAAAAUGACGAUGAAAGUGACGGAAGUCCUCAUAGAUCAUCAGACGACAGUGAAAAUGCAUCUGAGAAUGGUGAUGUUUCUGGUACCGAGUCUGCUGAUGGUGAGGAAUGUUCUCGAGAAGAACAUGAAGAGGAUGGGGAUCAUGAUAACAAGGUCGAGAGUGAAGGUGAAGCUGAAGGAAUGGCUGACGCCAAUGAUGUUGAAGGAGAUGGAGCCUCGCUGCCAUACUCAGAGCGCUUUCUUCUUACUGUAAAGCCUCUGGUAAAAUAUGUCGGCCCAGUGUUUCAUGGGAAAGAAGAGAAUGUUCAAAUUUUUUACGGAAAUGAUUCCUUUUAUGUGCUGUUUAGACUUCAUCAGACAUUGUAUGAGAGGAUACGAUCGGCAAAGAUUAACUCAUCUUCUGCUGAAAAGAAAUGGAGAGCUUCAAAUGAUACAAGUUCCACUGAUCGAUAUGCCAGGUUCAUGAAUUCUCUUUACAGUUUACUGGAUGGUUCUUCUGAUAAUUCAAAAUUUGAAGAUGACUGUCGAGCUAUUAUUGGAACUCAGUCAUAUGUCUUGUUCACGUUAGACAAGCUGAUAUAUAAACUUGUUAAGCAGCUUCAAGCUGUUGCCAGUGGCACUGAUGAGAUGGAUAACAAACUUCUUCAACUAUAUGCAUGUGAACAAUCAAGAAAAUCUGGAAGCUUUUUUGAUAUAGUUUAUCAUGAAAAUGCCCGUGUUCUUCUUCAUGAUGAGAACAUAUAUCGUAUUGAAUGUAUAUUGAUUUGUUUUACAAACACUAGUAGUAGUCAUUGUAGUGGUGAUCGUAGGGAUGAUAGGGGUAGAGGUGGUGAGGGUGGCGAAUGUGGUUGUAGGGAUAAUGGUUGUAGGGGUAGUGAAGAUGGUGGUAGUGGGGGUGGGAGCAGUGAUGGUAGAGGUGGGGAUAGUGGUAUUGGGAGUAUCGGACACAAUGUCACUUCAUUUCGUUGGUUACAUCCACAAAGGGAGAACAAUGUUGAGCAGCUAAUCGACAAGGGUAAAAAACCAGUUCAUUCUCAAAGACUAAAACAAUGGUGGAAGCUUAAAAACAACCUCGAGGGUGUUGGUUCAUCCAAGGCCUUUGCUACGGUGGCACCUACUCAGCAAGAUGAUAUUAGUAAUGAUAAUUCCGCCCUUGGGAGAGGAGCUACGGUGCAACAAUCUGAUGAAGGUGAUGACACCUUACGGUUGGACGCAUCUCAGCAUAAUGAUGCGUGUAAUGGAGCAAGAGAUUGUUGUUACAAAUGCUAA